UCAUUGAUCGGCGCCGGAAGACUUCCAGCCGCCGCGGAGCGUCCGGGGCUGCGUUUGGGGUAGAUUUGAACCGCACUCAUAGGGGUUGACGGGUGAUCAGUGUCCGCCGUCGCGGAUGGCCAGGGACCUGAUAGGGCCGGCGCUGCCGCCUGGUUUCAAGGCCCGCGGGACAGCAGAGGACGAGGAGCGGGACCCGAGCCCGGUUGCAGGACCAGCUCUGCCCCCCAAUUAUAAAAGCAGUAGUUCAGAUUCGUCAGACAGUGACGAGGACAGUAGUUCUUUGUCUGAAGAAGGAAAUCAAGAAUCCGAAGAAGAUGACACUGGUCCAACUGCAAGAAAACAGAGGAGAAAUCAGGACGACGACGAUGAUGAUGGGUUUUUUGGACCAGCCCUUCCUCCUGGAUUUAAAAAGCAGGAUGAUUCUCCUCCCAGGCCUAUAAUAGGUCCUGCAUUGCCACCUGGUUUCAUUAAAUCUGCACAGAAAAGUGACAAAGGCAGAGAUGAUCCAGGACAAAUAUCAUCGCAUUUCAAUUCUGAGGAAACAGAUAGCAGUGAGGAUGAGAAUAUUGUUGGACCAAUGCCUGCAAAAGAACCAGUUAACUAUAGUGUAACAACAGAGUUUGAAAAAAGGGCCCAGAGAAUGAAAGAAAAACUAACCAAAGGAGAUGAUGAUUCAUCUAAACCAAUAACAAGAGAGUCAUGGAUGACUGAACUUCCUCCAGAAAUGAAAGACUUUGGUUUAGGGCCAAGGACCUUUAAGAGAAGAGCUGAUGACAAAUCCGGAGAUCGAUCAAUCUGGACAGAUACUCCAGCUGAUAGGGAAAGGAAAGCUAAGGAAACACAAGAAGCAAGAAAGUCAUCUAGUAAGAAGGAUGAGGAAUAUGUAUUGUCAGGAAGAGAUAAGAGGUUGGCUGAGCAGGUAUCCUCAUACAAUGAGUCAAAAAGAUCAGAAUCUCUUAUGGACAUUCAUCAUAAAAAAUUAAAAAGUAAGGCUGCUGAUAAUAAAAAUAAGCCCCAAGAGAGAAUACCAUUUGACCGUGAUAAGGAUCUCAAGGUUAAUCGGUUUGAUGAAGCUCAGAAAAAAGCCCUAAUAAAGAAAUCUAGAGAACUAAACACCAGAUUUUCACAUGGCAAAGGCAAUAUGUUUUUAUAAGGGGAUUUCCCUGUGCAAUGAAGAAAAGUUGAAGAAUACUCUUUUAUCUGUCUCUUCAUCUUUAGACCUUGGUCUUGGGCUUCUUAAGAUUAGAGAUUACUUUAACCUCAAAAAAAUCAUACAAGUUUACCUUUUUUUGUGUCCUUGAGGUCAUGUGGAAUCAUAAAAUCAGUGUUUCUUAUGUAGAAUAGAAUACUCUAUGUGCCUUUGGCUUCCAAGGAAGCCUGGGCUUUUCUUCAUAAUUAAUUAUUUUCCCUACUCCCCGCAACUGCUUUUACCACUCCUCAAUUUUUGUGAUGUGAUACAAGUUCCCUCUAAGAUCUGCUCAGGACUGUUUGUUGAAAAUUUACCACAGCCUGGACCUUUUUGACAAAUAUAUUUGCCUGUCCUGGAGUGAAUGUGUCAGGUACUUGGCAGUAAGUUCAUGAAUUUGGAAUUGGUUGGUUUUCCCUCCAAAUGCAGCUAGUGAAUACACAGUUACUAGAAAAUAGAAAGGGUAUGGAUUUUGUCCCUUUUGUUACCAGUUUGCUUGUUCUGGCACUCAGGGUUUUUAUCUGUUGUUUGGAGUUUUUGGCUUUUUUGUUUUUAAGCCAGAAAGUGAGUACUCUAGGUUAUCUUGUGUACUAAGGAAAAUAUAUUUUGAUUUUUAAGUUUUUAUAACAAAUAUUUCUGAGGGAAACAAUCUGAGGGUGGUAAUGCUGACAACUGUUUAUCAGUGUGAAGUCUGUAAAACUCUUCUCCAUGAUCUCACCAAAGAGUGUCUUGGAACUUUGCUUUGGGAUGAUCUUAUUUUUUCCCAUUAAUAUAUUUAACAGUUUGUGGUAAAUUUAUUGGAACUGGAUCUUUUAUAUCAAUCAUGUAUAACUUUUAUUUAAAAACCAAACUAAUAAUCACAGUACAAAAAUGAAAAAUCUAUGAUCAUAACCCACUAUAUUGGGAAGAUAAGUUUGUAAUGCUUUAUAUACAGCCUCUUAAAACAAUAAACAGAAACUUCUAAAUAGUUAAAUGGAGCCUAAAUGCAAAUCCUAGUUCUGCUACUCCUGUGUGAUGGAGUGCAGGGGUUUUUGGUUUUUUUGUUGUUUUUUUUGGCAGGGGUAUCAGGCAUUGAACUCUGGCACUUGACCAGGAGCCACAUCCCCAGCCCUAUUUUGUAUUUUUACAAAUGGGUCUCACUGAAUUGCUCAGCACCUUGCUUUUGCUGAGGCUGACUUUGAAAGCAUGAUCCUCCAGUCUCAGCCUCCCCAGCCACUGGGAUUACAGGUGUGCACCACUGCACCCAGCUGAAGCAUAGGUUUUAAAGAUAAGGAUUCUGAUUCCCAGUUCAUGUAAGCUUUAUGAAAAUCAAGUCAACUGUUAAAGUAGCAAGCAGUACAUGGGCUAGGGUUAUAGAUCAGUUGGUAGAACAUUUGCCUAGCAAGUAUGAGACACCAGGUUCCAUCCUCAGCACUGCAUAAAAAUAAAAUAAAGGUAUUAUAUUCAUCUAUAUAAAAAUAUUUUUUAAAAGUAGCAGUACAUGAUAUUUUUUAUAAUAUCAAUGUAAACAGUGUCUUACUAAAGGGACAUUACAUUAAAAAGUUAAAUUUUUCUUCUAAGUAAAUUGUAAAGGCUUCUCAUUGUAAGCAGAAUUGGACAGAGCUACCUUUUGACUAAAAGCAUUCUUUUCAGUGGCUAGUCUUUUCUGAACACAAAACUUCAUACAAGAGUGUCUAUUUCAUUCAUUUAAUUCUAUUUUUUUUCCAAUGGGGGGGAAGAUUUUCUCUUUCUACAUCCUCACAUAUUUUUGUGAAAUUUGGUAUUUCUUAAAGUAAAAAUGUCAUCUUUGGAUACUCAACUGAGAGGGAUAGGAAUAUUUCUGUGUUAUAAUGUUUGCUUUCUCCCCUAAACUUCAGAGUGUCUGUGACCUUCUGUUCCAAAGGACAGAACCUCUCCUUUCUAAAUACUUGCAGUAGGUUCUACCACACUGGCACCCCUGGAGCUAAUGUUCUUUCCUUUCCUGUCACCCUGAGGAUAAUUUUAACAAAACGUGAAGCCACUUCCAAAGAUUUUGGUUUGGUUUGGUUUGGUUUGGUUGUUUGUUUAUUAGUUCUAACCAGUUAUAUAUGACAGUAUUUCUACUGCUCUUCUAUUCAUUGAACACAAAUGGAGCAGAAUUUGUCUUGUUUUGUUUUUUGCCCCAAUACAACAUUGACCAUUAAAGAACAAAGUAGUUAUGUGCACGGAAUGGAAAGAUGUACUUCAUUUCAUCCCCUCCCCUCUUCCUAAGCUGCAAACUGCCUGUUUGAAUCAAGUCUUCUAUCCAACUGCUGACAUUUUCAAAUUAGUUUUAAAUUCCCUACAUUUCUUGGUCAAGUUUUAUAGGCCUCUUACCCCUUUUGAAGAAGAAGAAAAGAGCAACACUAUCAUUUAGGUUCAGUGUGUCUAAAAUUAUGUGAUUUUAUCCAGCUCUCUAAGUUGUCAUCUCAGAUAGAUGUAGAUGCUUCAAAUAGUGACCACAUUCCUGGUAAGUAACUGGUGGGGUUAUUGGGUUUCACAGGUGGGACAAAAGGGAUGGGGAAACAAAAAGUGAGAGAUGAUGCCUAUACCCAUUACACUUUUUGUAUAGGGCAAAACACAGUAAAUUAGGUCCUGCUCUGAAAGCAAAGUCUUACUAAUAAUUUUUAAUUUUAUUUAGAUGUAGCAACACUGGACAUUUAAUGAUUCUUUGAAUUAAUGAUUUUUUAGAAAUGAAGUUGAGAUUUACAUAGUACUAAGGCUUGCAUGCUCCAUAAUUAAUUAACAGUGGUUACAUACAUUCUUAAUUCCAAAACAUUAUCCUAAAUGUAGGAUCAUGAGGAAUAGCUUUUUAAACUAGUUACAAGAGGUUCUUAUCACUUUUGUUUUCACUUUUUUCAUGAUAAUGUAAUUAUUAUUUUAAAAAGUUCUCCAUUGAGAUACCUAAGAGGAAGAAUAAACGUGGAGGAAAGUGGCUAGAGAUAGUGCCCAAGUGACAACAGCCAAGUAUUCUAUUUCAGAAUGUUAGUUUAUUUUAUUUUGGCUUUUGAUGCCAUCAUGAGAUUUAAGUCUGCAGCACACAAACUAAUGCUGUUAUAGAAGAGGUAUAUUUUUUUUGCAGCCUAUUGUUUAAUAGGGACUGAGGAGGUAGCUCAGUACUAAGGCACAUGUGAAGCCUUGGGCUUAAUCCCCAAUGCCAAAAAAAAAAAAUAUUUAUGACUAUGGGAUGUAUAGGAUUAAAAAGCUGUUCACUGCCCCUUUUAUUCUUUUCAUUUUAAGCAU